AUGGCGAACAAAGGUUGUACGUUCCCUCCCCGCUGGCACGGGCGCUGGUUCCAGUCUGGAGUCAUCCAGCCCAUCGUCAUCGAGGGAGACCGUCUCUCCAACAAGGGGAAGUGUAUCUCCUCUGAGGGCGACAAGUUUCUUAUUGUUGAUGAGAAAGGGUGCUAUCGUUGUGUUGUGAUGCAUGAAAAGCAUCAGAAUGUUCUUCAGUACAAGGAAACGUUCUGCUACCGGCGUGACGCCUUGCCCCACCUCUGUACCCUCAUCACUGGAGAUGCCCUGUUGUACUCCAUGUUUAGAGAGAACGCAGACUCCGUCGACUGCCCCCUUAGGGGUCCGUUCUCGUUCACAUAUAACAGAGGUCAUGGUGACUGCAAGAGUCCAGUAUCGUCAAUAGAGAGCUGUACUGAAGAUUCCAGACUCCUGCUUAAUUACCAAGCAUGUCCUGAUGUCCACGGCUCUGAAAGCACAGUCGAAGAGCUCGAGUGCCUAGCCACAUGGAAGGAAGGCAGCCUUCGGUUCCUCGUGGGGAAACUCCACCACAACCACGCAACCAGCAACGAGGACCGAUACCGAUGCUUCGUCUACGAGAAGACAAAUGGUAUUGCAUCAGGAAACGGUGCUAAAGAAGGCCCCACAUCACCAGGAGGUGUGGAGUAUAGAGUGGCCCAAUCUGGUGAUGCGACGUGCAACGGACUCUUCAGUGCCACAGAAGGGUCCAGAACAAUGGCUUUGAAACGAGUAUCAGUACGCUUCAAUUGCCAAUUCCCAACAUGGAUGACAUUCUCCCACACAUGGCACACCCUGGACUUCAGCAGUAACUACACCUUCUACCAGCGGAACGCCACGCUCAGGAUCACUAACGCUACAGGCGCUGAUAUCAAAGUGUACUGUGUCAAUGUGAAGGCAAGCUCGCCAAGUGGAAACUCCGUGGCGCUAGUUGCGCAUUGGCAGCAUCAUUGUGUCUCCCGCUUCGUAUGCGUGGUGCUGUACCGGCGAGACACCUACAUCGCGGAGCUUCAACGAGGAACUCCGACUUCAAGGCCUGAAGACGCGUGCUCGCCACAUCAUUUCAACGCGGUCACAGCGCCGUAUAUCACUUUAGUUGCCAGCAAUCCAGAAUCAAAGGAAUGUCCAUAUUCUGGAAAAUACACAAUACAAAGCAGUAGGCACAAGAGGAGCGUUAUAUCACCGAGGAGUGAUGAAGAUAGUAGGAUUAAGCGAGAGAAAGCAAUGUUUGAACAUAAUCGUAAAGAUAACGGAACUAGGUUGUUCAAUUUUAGCGUAAGGAACAUGUCGAGUACUCCAAUGUUGAGGAGUAGGAGACAGGCGGAGGAGAAGGGGGUUGCGUGUGUAGUCAGCAACUAUCAUAGACUGGAGGUCGGAUGCAACUCAGUAAAGAAUAUGGAGUUUUAUUCGACGUGUCAGAAUAAGGAAGUAGUAACAGCAUACACAUGCCAUGGCGGUUGGUACGAAGAAGGCGCGUCUUUCGUGGUGACAACGCCAGUGACGCGCGACAGCACCGCCGCGCGAAGAUACUGCUUUAUGUCGCGGGAAGUACGCGGUGGAAGUCUUGUCGUAACGCGCUCAGCCACUAACUGCGAGCGAGGAAGCGGGGGGACUGAGCUUGUUUUCGAUACUGUAGGGGAAUGUCAAGAUCAAACGAACUUCCAACCCCUCCUGAGGAUACCAUCUUCACUCCUGUCCUUAGUAAUCGUGAUACUACACUGUAUAAUACCGAGAUGAUUCGAACAGCACUAAAAUACCAUAGUCGUUUUAGAACCCCAUAACCUUGUAAUUAUAGCAUAGUCAGGCUUAGGAACAAAUCUGUAGACGAAACAAAUUUAGUUCUAAGGUUUUUCAUAAUCUGGUUUUUUGGUUGGUGGUGGCACUAGUGUUACUUCACCAGGAAGAAAUGAACACAGUUUACGAAUAGGUACCUCUCACUUUUAUAUUUAUAUAGAAGUAUAAUAAAGUAAGUAAUAAACUUUUUAUCAGUCACGACGCUUUUGUAUUCUUAUUGUAUUGAAUGUAUUGAAUUUUUAACUAAUGUAUUUAGGGUAAAUAAACAGGUUAAAUUUAGGUGCAUCACCAACUAAGAAACUACGCAUUUUUCAGCAUUUUAUAGAAUUUACUUUUUAUUUUUGCAGACUUCAAUUUCUUUUUUAAUUCUUUUUUUCAUUGUUUGAAAAUAUUUUGUAUUUUAAAUAUACACAUUUCUAUUAACACCUAUAUCAUAGAUAGUUAAAUCGCCUGAAUAAAAUUAUCUACAUAUACAAUACAUGUACUAACAAAAUUAUGUGGGCUUUACCAUUGUAAAAAUGUUAUCUAGUGUCUCUAAUAGGAACUGUGUUAUUACAUCCAUUUUUAUAUUAUUUCGUUUAAUAUGAGAUAAACUUUUUACCUUAAGUUUUAAGUAUAUUUGGUUGAAGUAAUGCUAUUCAUUAAAUGUACAUUUACACACAUUCAUAUCCGUGUACCUCGUCUGCGCAACCACGACCACUCUGACAAGAGUGUUCGACUAAGAAGAUUCAUAAAAUAAAUUCAAGUUAGGUAUGAAACAUUUCAUUAUAUUAUGGUAUUAAAAAAUGUAUCUUCAUGCAAGUAUACUAUCAUAAAAAUAUAAAUUUUUUUAAUUAUAUUUUAGGCUUUCUUCAUCAAAAUUGUCUUUUUCUUAAUAUAAUUUCAAGGUUUAUCUCAUACUAUAUUUAAUUUUUAUUUUAGUUAAAUUUCAUUUGUAAUUUUUUCGCAUAGAUGUAGAAAAAAGGGAGACGGAGUACGGAAAAAUGAAACACCAAUAGUAUGCCGGCCCACUUUAAAUAUACAUAUACGCCUCAUGCACACACUCUCACUAAUAGUGUGACAGUAGGCCGCCAUUACGUCAUAUGAGUUAUAGAUUAUCUCAUCUUCUGUCACUCACACCCGUACAAUGCCGCCAUUAAGCCUGCUUCAGCCUUCUUUUUUAAGCCAAUCUCCCGCACGUCUCCCUUUUUUUCUGGUUUUCAUUUGAAAAUAUUAUAUAACCUAAGACAUACAAUUUGAAAUAGUUGACAGUGUUUGAAAGAAGACGCGAAUGGUUGUGAAUAAUGUUUCUUGUUGCAUCGGUUUUAUAGAACUUUUGAGACUAUUUGUAUUUUAUAGUGACUGAUAUCUCAAUUUAAAUAUGAAUUAUUUGUGUGAAAAUGCGAAAUCGUAGUAUCGCAUUCUAAAGUCAUUCACUUUUUGUUCAGAAAAUAUAACAUGAUAUACCUGUGCCAUCAUAAUUAUGUCCCACGGAACCCUAAACUUUUUGUUACCUACCACGUACAUUUCGGCAUUCUAUGUCUCUUUUGUGUAUUUAUGUUUAAUUUAAUUUCGUAUGUUUUGUUAAGUAGGUAGGUAAUGGUACUACCUCAAAGAUGAGCCAUCGUUCUACCUACUAAUAAUUGUAAAUCUGUAAUUCUUGACCUUGCUUAAGUAAUGUUUGUGAUUGACUGUCAUAAUUUUUCUGUGUAUGUUACAGUCCGUGCCUGCACCUUUUUACAGUAAGAAUUGAAUUAAUUAACAUUCAACAACGCACAUUCAACUGCCACAUUUAAAAAAAUAAGGCAUAUCAUAAAUGCACAAAAAAAAUAUCGGUAUUUACUAGCACGAUAGCACCAGAUAGGUACUUUGCGGUUUUUUGUUUUUAUUUAUUUGUAUAAAUGCACAUAAAAUAAUUACUUUAUUUCAAACUGAAUUCAAAUUAGAAUUCAGUUAGGUAUUUACAUUGAUAAAUAUAAUAAUAGGUAUAUACCUACCUAUUUUAUGGUGUAUUUUUUUACAACUUACUGAUAUCUAAUAUUUCAUUUCACAUAAACUCAGAAAUUCAAUAGGCACUUACAAAAACGAAUAUUAAAAAGUACUUACAUGAAAAAAAUAUGUCAUUGUGCUAACUGAAAUAGACUGAGUGUAAAAAAUAAAUGACUCAUAUAAUAAAAAAAUCAGUAGGUAGCUGUGCGAACUAAAACCAUAAAAAGAAGUUUAGGUAAACAUGUACAAACUUAUUGUAAUAUUUUAUGUAGCUAGAAUAAUUUAGCUGUAUUUUUACAAUAUUAUUUAAACUUAAAAAGUUACAGUACAUGAAAAUAGGUGCCUGGAAUAAAUAGCUAAUCAUCAGGUUACAGUAAUUUCAAUUUGCAUAUUUUUUGUAUAUUUUGUUUAAGUAAUUAAUGAGUAGACACGAUUUCUCUAGAUAACAUGAUUGUUAUUAACGCACCAUUUAAUGGUUGCUCCUAUGAUAACUAUUUGUUACAACAAUUUUCAUGGGAAAGCUAUGUUUUCCCAAAUCAAGCAAUACUAAUAUAAAUAAGAAUAGUUAAGAGUGAAUUUAGAUAAGGAAAAACGAAUAGGUACUCAUUUUGAGAUCAGUGUACGAUGUAGUUAAGAUCAAAUUAAGUAGUUAUAAAAUCGCGACAGCAAUAAUAUAUUUGUAUUUAAAGCUAUUGAGCGUUAAAUUUUUAAUAGUUAUUAGACAGUUGUGAAUAAUGGAGCUAGCGAUUGUUAUUUUAUAUUGUGACAGAGACUAUUUCUUUGGGGAAGUGAAUCUCAGGAAAAAAUUCGAGGGAUGCUUCCUGUAAUUUUUUCUUGAGUUAUUACAUCAUCGUUAUGUUUCCAUUGUGUGAUAUACUUAGAUACAUUAAAAUCAAUUAAGUACAUAGUCGUCAGCAUGGAUUAUAAUAAACAGCGAAAUUUA